AAUCCAUCCAGCAGGCACACAAAAACAUCGCAAUUUUCCCGUGCCAACGGAGUGGCAAACUAUAAUAAAAACAUUUACGCAGUUUACGGAAGUUUUUUAAAAGCCAACGAAAACGUCGUGUGUCACGUGUCUCCCCGACGUUCACAGGAAACAACAAACUGAUGAAUUAUUAAUUGUCGGAGUCAUUGCCGUUGACAGAACUGUUCUGAUGAGAACGUCUGGGUUAAUUGACACGGUUGUGGAUAUUUUUUGUCAUUAUCGGUGGUAAUAAGUGAUCGCUGAGGUAAAUUCAACGGCAAAUCGCAGCUACGAGGCGUGGGUGUAACUGAAUUUACUCAUUGUCCAUGUAAUUUCGUGAUUUUACGUGUAUUUGCAUUGCGCACAUCGUGAAAAACCAAAAAUAGUUGUGGGAGGUGCACUGAUGGUAUCAUGCAAGGUGAUAACUUGAUGUAGGACAACAUAUGCAUUACUCUGGUGCUGAUUACUUCGAGUGCGAGUACUUUGAUUAUUUAUUAUGGAGAAAUUGUCGAACAUAGCUUGUUAUUUUCGGUGGGCAUGGGGCACUGGGAAUAAUGAUGGACCUCCUGCUGGGAAUAACAGAGGAGAUCGGCGUGUGCAAACUUCCAAGAGAAUUUUUGAAAUUUUGGAGAGUAUUCUAUUGUGGGAGAAUUCUGUCAACAGUAUUUCCGUCGUUAUUGUAUUCAAUAUUCUGUUUUGGGGGAUAAUUGUAUUGGAGAUCCGUGGUUUUGCUGCGGCCAGCAGUGCCGCACUCGUUGUGAUCCUCUGUUACAGUACCCUGGAGGCGCAAGUUGAUAAAGAGAAAGGCGUAUCGGAUUCCACAAUAGUCCACCCCCAACCGGAGAAAAUCGAAAAAAUAAUCGCUAAAGUCAAGUCGACGUGCGAUGGCUUAAGAGAAUUGCGAGAAAAUCAACCCGGAGUGUUCUGCGUUGGUGUUUGCGCGACGUCCGUGGUGCUGUGGUUUAUAGGACGCGCAAUCAGUGGAAUUCUUCUUACAUAUACGUUAUGUAUGAGUAUUUUAUUGGGACCUGUGUUAUUACUCCGGUUACCGGGUAAAAUUUUCCCAACGAAAGAAUGGGACAAUGAAAUCGAGGAAUUUUUACCAGCAGUGACAGAGGAUAAUCUCGAAGUUCUUGAGAGAGCGGGAGAGGAUGGAGAUCAUUCGCCAACCCCCGCAAAUGGUUCCAAAACUCCAAAUGAUCCAUUUAAUGACGACGAACUUAUUGGAUUGAAAAUGCCAUCUCACGAAGAUGGCAGCACGGAUGGACUCGAACUAUCUGAAUUGGAAUUGAGUACUGAGGGUGACAAUGACGUUGAUAUUAAAAUUCAAACUGGACAUUUUGAAGGGAGUUCGUCUUCAGAUGACGAUGGAGAUCUCGAAUUGAAAAAUUCAGAGUCAUCGAGCCACAGUGACGACAGUGAGAGCGAAUUCGAAAUUAUUGAUAGUCACGAGAUCACUGGAUUCGACAGCAAAUUGUGAAAAUUCACAUUUUAACGCGACAUCAUAAAUAAUUCCAAGAUCAUUGACACGUCGAUCCGUCGAAUAGUUAAAUCAGUGAUUGAGUUACCGAACUAAAUAAUUAAAUGCCACUCAGACCUUAUUUCCAUCGAGUACCUCGAUAUUAAUUUAAAAUCUACGCUACGGUUCCACUAAUUCUUUUGGUCUUGUAGUUUUAAUACUUAAACGAUUGAGAAUCAUUGAAAAUCAUGUGUCCAUUAUAUUCUUUCUUUUCUGCGUUAUUUUGAGCUAAUAGAGUUCGAAAUGAGCUUUUCCUUGUACAAAUCGUGAUUUUCGUCUCGUGGUGCCGCAGAAAUUUUCCUGUCUAAUUCUUUCCGAUUUCAACAAUUUUAGAUUAUUAGGAUGAUAAUUGUAGUAUUUGGGGUGCGUAUCAAUGCUCUUGGGAUAAAAAAAGUGCAGGAAUUGAACAUUUACUUGGAUCUAGGUUUAACAGUUCGGUAUUUGUUAUUGUCAUUAUGAAUGUUGAUUGUGCCUCAACAGGAAUUAAUGGCGAUCAGCAAUUUAGAUAUAACUAUUGAUUUUACGAAUUGACGAAUUAAUUGAUGAUUCGUGCUCAGGAAUAUUUUUCACCCGCUGAGGAAUUUAUGUCUAAUAAAAAACUAUUUCUUUUUCACCGAACAAAUUCUGUAGCAAAGUGGUAGAGUGAGAUGAGUUCUGAAAUAUAUCGAUUUAUUUGGGAAAUGAUUGAUUUUAACGUUUCCUUGUCAAAUCGAUAGCUUUUGGAUGUAACGAUAAUUAAGGACAGAAAAUUCGAUUGGUAUACUAUUUCGCUACUGGAUUUGUUUCAUUAGAUGUGAUUAAGGGACAGACAAGAGAUAAAUUGAUAUUGGCGGAGAUCCUGUCAAUAAAAAAUCAAUCAACCACUUUGUACAAAGGGUCUCACCCAUAAAUGAUUUUAUUUUCGCAAUUAUCCACGCAUUCGAAGGCCUGUUUAAUUUCCCUGUACAGUCGAUACAAGAGGCGGUUUGAAUCCGGUAUUUUUUUUUUGUAAAAAUGCCUAAUAUUGAGUGGAACAACGAGAAUUUCUCGUGGAGACAUGACGCUUAAUGCUUAUACUUCCUCAAAACGAGUGUCUACGACCGAUGGAAAAAUCAGUAACCAAAUGGUUAAUUGAGAUAAAUCCAAAAUUACAUUCAUGUUAACUGUUUCCAGAUAUAAACCAUGAAUAAUUAA